UCCAUUGAGGCUCUGGGUUUAGGUCAACAAAUGAGUCUAGGGUUUUUCUUGGCAUCCUCCUGCGCCAAUGGCGAUGCCAGGCCGGGAUAUCUGGAAUCCCCUCAGGUCGCCGAGAUAUCCUGCAAGGGAGGAGAUGCUCGCGCGGCGUUUCACCUGAGGCUGUGGAAACCUUGGUGCACCUGGAAUCCUGGGGCGCGAGACGUAUACCAAUCCCCGCGAGGAGAGAUGAGAUUGCCGGCGACGCUCUUACCCCGAUGGAGUCGAUCCCAAUAUCUUGGCUCGGCCAUCGGAAGAGACACCUGCAUUAGGGCCUUCGAAAAAGAUGGUAUCUUGAUUGGAAGCUCCAGAGAAAGGAGCUUUCUUGCGUAUCAUUUCAAUCGGCUUUCCAGCUUGGCUUCUCCGAGAUUGAUGAACUACCGGUUCUUGUUUGCAUCUUCUCGGAGGUAUACUGUGUGCAUCCCAUUUGUAGGUAAUGAUUUCUUUCCUGCUGCUACCAUUGAGUGCAAAUUUUGUCCUCCACAUAGGAACUUGCGGUCAGUUAUGACUGGGGUUUCUGUCAAUGAAGAAGAGGUGACCAGGGCUCUUGAACUUUUUCUUUCCACUGUGAAGGAUGAGACUGUCUCUACUGAGGAAAUGUGUAGUAUUUACAUUGAGAGGCUCUGUAGAUCAGGCAAACUAUCAGAUGCUGUUUGCUUGUUGAGGCUUUUGCAUGAUAGACAGAUACAUCUUGGCCUCAAUAUUUAUAACAUUCUCCUGAGUGCAGCAGGCGAUGCAGGCAAUUUUAAUAUCUUUUCUGAGAUCUUCAGAAAUUUGCUACUUUCUAGUCUGCCUCCUGAUUUAACUUCAUAUAUUAAUGUUGCAAAGGCUUUUCAGAAGGUGGCUGACACAGGUCUGGUACUCAAGUUUGUUAGAGAAGUAUCAGAAAUUACAAUUCACAGAGAUCCUACUGUCAUAAAUAGGAUGAUUUUCAUUAUUGCUAAGUCUGGGCAGAUUAAUAAAAGCAUGAUGAUAUUUGAAGAUCUGAAAAAACUGAACUGUCAGAUGGAUAAAGUUACAUUCAACACAGUUCUAGGAAUAUUAGGCAAGGCAGGUCAAGUGGAUCAAAUGUUAUCUGUGUUUGCAUCAAUGAAAGAUUGUGGCCAUACUCCUGAUAUUGUUACAUACAACACAUUAGUCAACUGUCUACGUAGACUUGGCAGGUUAGAAUUGUGCAGAACUUUUGCAAGGGAAAUGGUCGAGAAUGGAAUUCAGUUGGAUCUGCAAACUUACACUGCACUAAUUGAUGGGUUUGGACGGGCAGGGCAUACUGGAGAUGCGCUCAACAUAUUCCAUGAGAUGAAAAAGUCACUCAAUCCUUCAAUAUAUGUCUACCGUGCACUCAUUAAUAAUCUAAAGAAGGCUGGGAAAUUUGAAUGUGCACAGAAUUUAGAUGCAGAGAUGAACUCAAGCAGUUCAAAGGUUGUUGGCCCUGAAUAUUUCAAACUGAAAAGGCAGACUAGAAGGUACAUCAAGCAAGUGGAAACAGGGGAAUCAUGAUCUUUGGUUGCAAAGACUUCCAAUUUUUAAUUGCGCUUGCUUAUUUAUGUGCCCUUAGCAUCACCGCUGAGAAUUUUCUUGAUAGGAGUAUGUCCACCUUUUUUUUUUAAUGGGUCUUAUCGACUCCAUAACAAGAAAACUUUAGGUGAUGAAAAUAUGCAUUGUCAAGGCAGCACAGCAAAAGCAGAUUGCUUCUUGAGAAAUUUCAGAACAAGGGUCAGCAAGUUCAUGGAAGAUGGAGGAUAUCAGCAAAGUAUUCACAAAGAAAGGUUUUCUAGAGAGAAGGAAACUGUCUCCAUGAUGCAGUUUUAAAGUUCUGAGUUCGAUGGUGGAGUGGUUCUCAUAUAAAACAGUGAUAAACUGAAGGCAGGAUGGUUCUCUUGAAGGUUUUGGUGACAUUGAUUGGUCUUGCACACUAACUGGAAAUUUGAUCUAAUUUAUUAGUAAAACUUUUUUCUGCUUGAAGGCAAAGUAAGUUCUAAAAGAACAAUAAUUGAAUGCAUACAGAAUUGGAAAACCCGUUGAAUAAAUUUGGUGGUUAUGCGGACGCAAUUAUGGGCCAGUAGUAGAUACAACAACGGGACACAAGCGUAUACUUUGUUCCAUGUGUAUCCCGGACAGUAAUGUUGGUGAGUCUAGAAGGGCAGAAUCUCCUUUACAAAGCUGUAAAAAUUGUUGUACAAUAAAAGAAUGCCUGCUUGCCAUGAUUUGCCUCUUGAGAAGUACCGUUUCAAGGACUGAACCAUUGGCUAUGCAACAAGACGUGAAGCUGCACUACAUGGUUCUAACCGCGUGUGAAGGUUUUAAAGGUAUAUUAUUAGGUGGCCUGAGAACUGUUUGUGAAUGAUUCCACAGCCAUUGGUGGGGAGAUCUUUAAAUAGCUAUUAUUGAAUGGCUGGACCAAAUUAUUGUUGUGGGCUGUAGAUCAGCUACAUUAAGAUCUCCCAUGCGGUGAGAAGCUGAACAUGGUGCAGAGAGUUUACCAAAGUGGAAGAAAACACCAAUUGAUCUACGUGUAUUGCAGCCUCUCUUUUUCUUGUCUGGUGAGGGGUAAUGUUUCAAAGUGGAAGAAUGAUGCUAGACUUCUGAAAAAAUAGUGGCAUAUUACAUUUAGCUUCCUGACCCGGUUCUCUCCCAAUGCCAAUAAAUAAGCGUUAUUGAUCUUGUGGAA